AUGCCGCUGAAGUUUCCUCCCUGUGACGGGAGUAAUCGCCGUGCGACGCCCCUCGCUGUUGUCUACACACUGCGGCAUGAAAACGCAGUUAUCCUUCAGACAUACAGAAGCAGGCGGGGUGGGGGCGAUUCGGGUCGGCGAAGAAGGCCGUUGCGUGCACUACCCAGCUCGACAGAAACGGCGGGGCAGACAGCAAAGGAGCGGCAUGUCACCACUAUUCCACCACUGCGACUAACGGAGUUGGCGUACAACUCGCUGAGCAAGGUGGGUAAAAGCGCGGCCCCUAUCCCCCCAGCGGCAACAGAAACCGCGGGGGCCGUCAUGGAGCCUCUGGAAGGGCCUCGCCCGUGUUUGCCCACAGAGAGGACGGCACCGCCGCUGCUGCCACUGUCUCUUCAACAUGAUGAGUUGCCGCUGCCCCUGGCAUUGGCGUUGCCGCGUCGGCAGAGAUGGCAGCGACUGCGCCGGGCUGAGUGGCUACUGCAGGCGCUUGCAGGUAAAGCUGUGGCCGCGACAUGGGAUGAAAUGCUGGCGAAGUACCGUGCUGCGUGGGUCGCUGCUGUGCAGGGAGCGACGUCAGAGCUCGAGUUGUCCAUUCCGUCGCAUUCACAGGUGCUGCCGCUGCUGACGGCAGGUCUGCUGGAGGCGCCGUGUGUGUCGUCCUACGCUGAUAGUGUGGCGCCGUGCCAGUUCGACUCUACUGUGGUGCCAUACCGAGAGCAGCGAGUGCGAAUGCGCGUGCAGCAGCUGUUCCUUCGGCUGCUGAUUAAGCCUUCGCCGGUCGACGUCGCUGUGGUAUGGAAUGACCCACGGCAUGCGUUGCACGCGCAGGAAGGCAUAGCACAACGUUUGUUUCACGACACGACUCGGCUACAGGACGCCGCAAUAGUGCCGCCGCCUUCACCAUCACCGCGUCCUUCUUCUGUUGUGGUGGAAGGGGGUGACGCGCAUGUUGAUGGUGCGGCCGCAGACACACACAAGUGCCUGGAGUUGCCCAGUAUUGUAGUCCCCCACCUUCUGCGCAGGCGAAGAGAAGAGGGGACCGCAGAGCAACGGCAGCUGCAGCGGAGGAGCUAUGGCUACUGCGUGGGUGCACAGAACGCACUCCAGCAGUUAUCACCCGUGUCACUGAUGCCACAAAGCAUAGCGCACGCCGGAGAGUUGCGAUUCCCUGAGGGACGGCACGUGCGGCAGACGUUGACGCUGCGCAACAUUGCCGAAGAGGAGCUGCAGAAAGUGUGUGGUCUGUGCGGACUGAGGCGUCGCAGCCGUCGGCAGCGUGUGGCGGCGUGGCAGCGUUUGGGGGGCUCUUUCGCUGCGGCGCCGUGUCGCGACCUCGCGGUGGCCGCUCUCUUCAUUCCGUCUGUUGUGCUGGCUGCACACUGCGUGGAGCCACCGCCGACAUGCCGCGAGAGCGGCAUGAAGAAGCGACGCUGUGAGGAAAAUUUUCAGCCACCACCUCUCAUGAUGAUGAUGAUGAUGCUACCGCCGCUGCACAGCAGUUGUGCCCUCGCCUCCUCCUCGUGGCUGCCGCUGGCGGUGGAGGCGGAGGACGACGGCAGUUGCUGCAGCAGAGCCGACGUGACACUGUGCCCGUUGCGUGUCUUCUCGCGGGAGUCGGAGUUGCAGAGCUUCCAGGCCCUGCGCCAGUGGGGAGCAAAGUGGCCAGGCGAAGACGGAGAAAAGGUGGAGACGACGGCCAGUGGUGACGAGAAGUGGUACCACGCCGCCUUCCUCCAUGAUGUACGCACAAUGGCGCUGCCGUACCGCGAGACGUCUGCCGUUGUCGAGGACGCUCAGCUGCACUACUGUUACCGCCUGGCACUCCACAGAGAGAGACAGCGUCUCGGUCUUGGCACGGCACCGUGA